AUGACAGCCAAACUUCUUGAAAUGCUCGGAGAAGAGAUCCACGACGUCGACGAAGAAACGUUUGAACUUUUCUCGCAGUCAAUCCCAUCCCAAGACUUAGGAAUGCUAGAUGCGAAGACUCACGUUCUUGGCUUGUCGAUUGCUGGACGGGACUUCGAGAUUACGCAGUCACCGGGACUUCUUCAAUCGCAGCGCGAAGGCGGAACGACAGGAGCCGCUGUGUGGCAAUCUGCGUUUCGCUUUGCAGAAUGGAUUGCGGAUUCGGAGAAUAUCCUCUGGAAAAGUGGGCUGCUUAAUGCAGACACCAUUACGCUUGAGCUUGGAUGUGGCAUUGCAGGCUUGAUUCCAGGCGUUCUAAAUGGCCGAGUGCGAAGAGUAGUGUCUACCGAUCAAGCGUAUGUUCUGAAGACAUUAAAGGAGAAUCUCGUUGCGAAUGAGAAGGGAAACCGAGCAAAGAGGCAUGCAUCGCCAUCUAGCCAGAUCGACGUCUUCCCUCUCGACUGGGAGAAAGAUGAUAUCCGAAGCGUGAUGCGCGAGAAUGGACUUGCCUCAGGCGUCGAUGUUGUUUUUGCUUGUGAUUGCAUCUACAACUAUGCCCUCCUCGAGCCCUUCGUUCAGACUUGCAAGGAUAUGUGCUCCUUACGAACAUCCUCCACGGCGGUCGUCAUUGUUCAACAACUUCGUCAGCCAGAGGUGUUUGAGCAAUGGCUUACAAAAUUUCAAAAAUCUUUCCGGACUUGGCGAAUACCGGGUGAAUUGCUCUCUUCCGGAUUGAAAGACGACACGGGAUUUGCGGUCCAUAUCGGCUUGCUGCGACAGCUUACCAGUGGUGAGUGA